CGGCGUUCAAAGCAAACCAGUACGUUCUGGCGAACAUUGUUCUGCCGGUAUGUGGGUGCAUCGCCACUUGGAGCAUAUAGUGCCUAUAUGAAGGUUGGGAAUUGGUCGCCAAGUCGUGUGACGACCAGCCCUAUUCGUUCCUGCUCUUAUACCACGACCGCCCGAGGUCUACGCUGUGCGAUUGGGCGUAGUUAUGCCUAGUUUCGAGUUGGUCGCGCUCGGCUGCGGCGGAGGUCCUGGUGAACAUAAUUUAUCAAGUUAUUUAUUGAAACGAUACGAUGCGCACUGGAGCGAAGGCGCUCUGGCGUUGGAAGCAGGCUCAGGCAUCGGAGCCUUGAACAAGCUUCUCAACGACCAACCCGAUCUGUUCGGCUGUCCCCAGGUCAAGAACGACGGUCCAUCGCCAUGUACAGCAGGUGAAGUCUAUUCAUGGAUCAAAUGUUUCCUACUGUCACAUGCGCACCUGGAUCACAUCAGUGGGCUUGCUUUGACUGCAAGCACACUCGGUGGGAACCGCACCGUCUUCGGUGCCAGGCGGUGUCUAGAGAACGUUGAGAACCUCUUCUCAGGCCAGUUGUGGCCACGACUCGCAUCAUGGAGCGACGAUGACAGCAUUCCUCUCAAGCUACGGGAACUUCAUAACGAUGCCAAAUACCACCCAUUAUUUCCUGGCGUAUCCGUCCGUACGAUGCCACUAAGCCACGGGCGCUACGACGGUGAACGAACAUACCACUCCUCCGCCUUCUUCAUCAAGCACGAGUCCCGCGGACGAGAGUUCCUCUUCUUCGGGGACGUCGAACCUGACAGCAUCGCCACCGAGCCACACACCCGGGACGUCUGGCGUGCCGCCGCGCUCAAGAUCCCAAACACGCUGGACACGCUCUUCAUCGAGUGCUCGUACCCGUCAGGAACGCCGGACGACAUGCUGUACGGUCAUCUCAACCCGGAGCAUCUGGUAGCUGAGCUCACAGCUCUAGCAGCCGAGGUCGUGGACGCCCGGACGCGCACACGCGAGCCCAAUAGUUCGCAGGAGUGGGACUCGGACGAGGAGCCGGUGCACGCACGCAAGAGACAACGGCGGGAUAGUGCGGCGACGCCCACGUUGCGCGGUGUUCUGGCAGGCCUGAAGGUGUAUGUCAUACACUGCAAGGACGACGUCAAGGGCGCAUAUACGGAUCCCAUCAACAGAGUGAUUGCCUCUCAGGUGCGGGCACUAGUCGAAGCGGAGGACCUCGGCGCGGAAAUUAUAGGCGUAGAACAAGGGAUGAAGAUACUUAUAUAAUGUACACGAACUCCCGGGUAUCGCGACUUCUAUGCAGUUUGCCUCAUGGACACCACGAGUCGUCGUGGUCAUUGUCCACCUGCCACGCCCCUCUGCUUCACGC